GAAAAUAUUUAUAUGACAUGAACAAACUUGCUUGAUGACAACUUUGCUCAGUCAAAUACUUAUUAUCUAUCAAUUACGUAUUUACAGAAGUCUUGAUUUGAACUACAUUUAUGCGUUUAUUUGCUAAACCUAGUCUUCCCCAAUGUUGUUUUCUUCUUAUUUCAGACAUCCUAAUGUAAUUAUAUUGACAACAUCGAACAUAACUAGAGCCAUAGACGUUGCGUUCGUGGACAGAGCCGACAUCAAACAGUAUAUUGGUCCGCCAUCAGCCAAAGCUAUUUACAAAAUUUACCAUUUGUUUACCAGUAUCAUAUCACCAGCCACUCAAAUUUUGGAUUUAAGCUUUGUCGACAACGAUGUAACACACUGUAGUCUUGAAUUAAAGAAGAUAGCCGAAAAAAGUUAUCAACUAAGUGGUCGAACUCUUCGUAAACUACCAUUCCUUGCACAUGCGCUGUAUUCGAAAGCGCAAACGAUAACCUAAGAAGAGUUUUUGAAUAAUCUUUCAAUGGUU